AUGUCAUUCAACAUCGCCCGAGAGGGCGAGGCGUCUGCCUCUGGCGCCGGCGCCGGAUCAUCUAAUGCAAAGUUUACUCACCCUGCUGCCGCGAGGCCGCCCUCAGGCCUCCUGCCCCAUAGCACACCAUCAUCUAGAAACGGCACAACCAUCGGACAGGUCCGUCCAACAAAUGCCGACACCGGUCACAACGACCCUGCCACCGUGCGAUCGCUCGACUCACAGGGGAGUCGACUCUAUGGAAGCCCGCGUAGGAAACGGCAGAGGAUAGAUGCCGACCGUUUUAUUCCGGCGCGAUCAGGACGCGAUCUGCAAUCUGGCUUCCACUUGAUCCCCCCGCCACCGCGACCAACUCCGGAGCGGGGCAGGCCGAGAAGCCCGCCAAGGGGUUACCGCUCCCAAAAGAGCGAGGAAGCAGACGAGACCUUCAGGGAGCUACUGCGUGCGGAGCUUUUUGAUGAUGCUAGUAUCCCACAGGUUUCUCCAAGAUGGACGUCGGAUGACCGGAUGCGCACACCGCCCAGGAAUUCACCCUCCCUCCCCGCAACUCCACAGAAGAACCUCUUUUCCUACGUCUCACCACGACAUCAACAUCUCAUCGGACUUUCCACGCCCAGGAAGACACCGCAAAGGGCGCACAACCUAAUUCCGGAUCCGCGCCUGGACACCUAUAGCACGACCCCUAUAUCAUAUAACAGCCAACAGAUGUUGCUUGCCCCGCGACGCCAACACAGGACAGUCGCUAAAGUGCCGAUCAAAGUUUUGGAUGCACCGAACUUGGCCGAGGAUUUCUAUCUUAACCUGAUGGACUGGGGCAGCUCGGAUGUACUAGCCGUCGGCCUCGGCACUGGCGUCUUCAUGUAUAACGCGCAAAACGGCAAAGUGGCGAAGCUGUGCACCCUUGAGGACGACAAGGUGACUAGUGUAUCCUGGAUCCAGAAGGGAACCCACAUCGCCGUCGGCACCAAGAAGGGACUUGUGCAAAUCUGGGACGCGCAGAAGUUCAAGAGGCUUCGAACAAUGACGGGCCACACGGCACGGGUUGGCUCUCUGGCGUGGAAUGCUCACAUCCUCUCCACCGGGUCACGCGAUCGGUCGAUCCUACACCGCGACGUCCGCGCGCCGGACCAGUGGGUAAAGCAGCUAACCGGCCACAAGCAAGAGGUGUGCGGCCUGAAAUGGAACUGCCAGGACGGCCAAUUAGCCAGCGGAUCCAACGACAACACGGUCUUGGUCUGGGACAAGGUCAUGGACCAGAAGCCUCUCUGGACCUUCAACGAGCACAUCGCCGCCGUCAAGGCCCUCGCCUGGUCGCCGCACCAACGUGGACUACUUGCCUCCGGCGGCGGUACGGCCGACCGCCGGAUCAUCUUCCACGACACGGUCCGCGGCACCGUCCGCAACGACAUCGACACGGGCAGCCAGGUCUGCAACCUCAUGUGGUCCAAGAACUCCAACGAGCUCGUCUCCACCCACGGCUACAUCCAGAACAACCUCGUCGUCUGGAAGUACCCCUCCAUGACCCGCGUCGCCAGCCUCACCGGUCACACCUACCGUGUCCUCUAUCUGGCCAUGAGCCCCGACGGGACGCAGGUGGUCACGGGAGCGGGGGAUGAGACGCUGCGGUUCUGGGAGGUAUUUAAGCCGAAGCAGCCGAUCAGGUUGCUGGGUGGGAGUAUCGACUUGCCGGUUAUUCGGUAG